GAGUCACUCAUUCAGGAGAACACUCUCACAGACAUGCUCCAAAGAACAAAAGAUUAUUUGCAUCAGGACACAAAUUGUAAUUCAAGCUUGCCGGCUGGGCAGCUGAGCUGGGAUAAGUCUUUGGAGCAUUGCAGGUCCAAUGAUAAAAGUAAAAAUCUGUUCAAAUAUGAAUCUGAAGUAUUGAAAGACUCUAUUGAAGAUGCAUCACAGAACACUAAAAACACGCAGCUUAGUACACCAGCUGUCUGCAGCACAGAAGCAGACCAAGAAGACAAUCUUGACUCAUUACAGAAAUGGGAAGACACUGUUCUCUCUCCUUAUCCUGACAGUCCAUAUUACUGUCCCAGUGAGGUAGAUGCUUUUAUAUUCUCUGAUUCAUCCAAUAAGUCUGAAGAUAAUAAUAAUCUGUUUACAUACAACAGUCAACAGUCAUUUCAAACUUCUGAGCUACCCUCUGCUACUCAUACUGCAACAGUAUCCAAUGCACUUUCAUUAAAAGAGGAUGGUGAAACAAUGAAUAUCAGCAAAAAUGAGGACCUACAUACUCAGGUUCAUCCCAAGCCUUCGUCCCCCUCCAUACCUACCUCAUCUAGGGCAUCGCCCCCCUGGAGCCCUGAACUUUUGUCUAAUCACAGUAAACCCAAUAGUCCCACAUCCACAGAGAUUCUUGCCAGUGACACAGCAGCACAUUCACCUGAUCUGUCUACGCUGAGCUCACCAAGUAGCCUCUUCAUUUCUCAGCCUUCCUCGCCAAACUUUCCAGAGAGAACAGAGCAAAAGAGAAAUUAUUUAGGUGAAGGAUCUCUAGAAAGCCCUCGCAUCAGGCUUUGGGAGACAAGCAGCGAUGACAGCAAUGAAAAUGAGCUGGAUAAUGUGCAGUCAGAUCUUUCUGAAAACAACACAGAGGAUCGACAACAAAUCUGUCUGACUCAGUACAAAAAGCUGAAUCAGUGCAUGAGUGGAACGGUUCCACACAUGGAUGAUGAUGAGGAAGAUGAACACUAUGGUCCCGCUGAGCCUCUAUGCCGUCAGAGCCUUAGCUUGGUCUACAGCACCAUUGAGGAGAAUUACCCAGAAGGCACUCUUCAGCUGCUCUUUGACUUCAUUCAGCCUCGGUUUUACCCACCGGUGGAUAUUACGACACAUCUGCUCAGGGGGAUACUCUUAAACCCACAAAGCCCUGAUGUUUUUGCCGUAGAGGCUUAUAACCUAUUGAUGAAGACUCAGAGAUACCACCCUGUGGAUGCUUCGACAGUCCCAUGGGAUUGGGAACUGAUGAAGUCAGUUAUGAAAGAACAGGAUGACACUACUAGGUUGCGGACGGAGGUCCAGUACCUGCUCCUCCAAUACGUGUUGCAGGUUUUAGAAGAUGAUUUUCAUUUUAAAGUCAGGAGUCAGUGUCUUCAUCAGUCGGUUGCAAAGAAGAUGCUUUCAUGUGGCAAUGAAACAUUUGGGCAAGUCAAGGAUAUAAUUAGUUGGUUGAUGAAUGCUGCAAAGGGGUCAGUGAACCACUCAAAAGAAGUGGAAUAUCCAAAGAAAGAGGACAACUGUCUUAAGAUUGUAUUAUCUCUUCAGAGGAUGUUAACAUUGGCCCUGGAGGUGGACAAGAACCCCACCUACAAUUCAGAAAAGAUUUCAGUAGAACUCUUCAAUUGUCUUAACACAAUGCAUUCCUGCAGGCAGAUAAGACUUUUAUUGUUGAGGACUCUGGAUAGCAAGCUGCUGAGAUGCGAGCUGUUGAAGCUGUUGCUGGAUGAGACUUGUUCUCAGCCCGUGUCUCUAAACUUGCUGCUACACUACCUCAAAAGCUCCACUUUGGCCUCAGACCCCUCUGAUGGAGCAGAGAAGUGGAGGAAAUGGGAUGAACUCCUUCAGCUUCUGUGGAUGCUGAUGCUCAGUUAUGAAGAAGUUGUGACAGGUCAUCUACGCUGCGCCAUCACAAAGCGUUUUGAUAAAAGAGAUGCUUCGUUCUGGACACAGGAAGAUCAGGUGAAAUGCUCAGCAGUGCAAGAGGCAACAGGCGCCUUCCUGUCACGUGCAGUGGACGACAUCGGCCAUGCUCUUCCUGUGGAAAUGCAGGAUUUACUAUCCCAAUUACAAGAACACAUAACUGACAUGCCCAGUGUUACUUCAAGUCAUUAAACCUUUUAUAAUA